ACAUUGUCCCGAACAUACCGCGAGAGAGAUCGACCGCACCUCGUCGACCUGAAGAACCUCGAAGAACGCCUCGGCAGCUUUCCCACGGCCCUCCUCCAGUCGCGCACCCACACAUGGCAGCAAAGUCGAAAGCCCGGACCCUCAUCGUCCGCCUCAUCUCGACCGCGCAGACGGGAUUCUUCUACACCACGCAGCGCCUGCGCCAGGGCCCGAAGCUCUCCGCGGUCAAGUACGACCCGCGAGUGAAGCAGCGGGUGCUGUUCGUGGAGGGCAAGAAGACGAAGAAAUGAGCGGUGCGGCCGGUUGGUCGGCGGCGGCGGAGCGUUUGGUGGACAUACCGGGGUCUUCUCCCUUGAAGUGAGGGCG